AUUAAAUGCUCCUUAUUCCGUUAAGUCCUUUUGAGCUACGCGUUAUUGUAAUGUUUACUCGGACCUAUUCAUGAAAUACGUUAACGGUGUGCGCGUCUGUGAUGCUAACGAUAAAAAAAUCGUUAGGUUAAUAUGGAUUGCUCCUUUCUUCCUCCACAAUACGUUUGUGAAGCUGGGGGGACAUGGUUUUCCAGCCACCGUUCCAGAAGUUGGAGCAUCCACAUGAAGUUAUUGCUCAAUUAUAUUUCAGUUUCAGAAUACUUAAACUCUUCCUCCCCCGCGUGUAUAAAUGGGAUUUUCUCUGCAUUUCGCAUCUUUUCACUCAGCUGGUUAAGAGCUUUGCAUGUGUGGCUUUAGCAACACGGUUUGACUCAGACCUGAAGCUGUAUCCAAAAUCUGAAAGAGCAACUCAAUUGGCAGAAUGGGCUUUGUCAAAUACCAUUCAAAUAAAGGCAACAAUACUUCAGGAAGAUUACCAUGAUUCUGCCUCUAAGUUAUUUGACUUGAAGCCAGAACCCAUAGUUCCAAUUACUGAUAUGUUGCAUGUGUCUGGCCAGGGAAGCAUUUCCUGCAUCGUUGCAAAUGUCAAAAUCAAAGAAGUUCCGUCCUUUUACUAAAUCACGUGCAAUACAUGUUGCAAAGCGACUGAAGAAGUUUUGAACGCAAUCUUUCAUUGUCGCAAAUGCGGGAACCAGAAAAGCAUUGCUAAGGCCAGGUAACAACUUAAUAUAGAAUAAUAAAACAAUAUAUACUAAUAACUGACUUAUUACAUCAACAGGUGCAACGUUCCUAUAACAAUAAAUGAUGGGGAUAAUGAGAUCCAAACUGUACUCUUUGGAGCAAUGGGAGAGGACUUGCUCGUCAUGGAUAUACAAGAAAUCAUUGAAAAAGAAGCCCAGGUAUAUUCAUUGCAUUCAAGAAAAUACCUCAAUACAAAACCCACACCAUUACACUGUUUUCAUGCAGGAAGAAGGAAUCAAUGUGAAGGCAAAAAAUGAGGUGAUCCACGGUGUCUAUUUUCGAAUCAAAGUGGGUUACAGAAAGACUAAGUUCCACGGUGAAACAAAAACAGCGUACACAAUCCUUUGCAUGGAAGAAAUUGAAGACACCUCAACCACCGAACACAGUGUCAUGCCAAAUACACCCACAUCCUCUUCAUUGAAGCGAAAGUUCAGCACCCCUACCAAAACUUCAGGAAUUCCCGAAGAAGUGAUACACACACCACCAACUCCAGCGAACAAAGAUGGAAAACUUAAAUCCAUCCGCAUUGAAUGAAGAUUCUGCAAGGAGAAAGGACUUUUUAUUAUGUU